CGUAAACACAGGCUACAGGCAUGAAACUACAGAUAACAUUAAAGGACUCGUGCCCUGGAGAUCAGCAGGUCUGGUCAGCAGACUACAUUUCCCAGGAUUCCGCCUGAGCCGCUGUCUGUGGUUCCGCUCUCAGCCAGGGAGGCUGUCCCGACCGGGCUCAGAUGGGACUAAAGCAUCCUUCUCAGUACCUAAAGGGGGAGCGACGGCCAGUGCUGACGGGGGAGGCACCGAGAGGGGAGACUAGCAAUGUCCUGAUACAGAAGUGGGGCAAGAAAGCAAAGACUUAGAUGGCCGCACUGGAACUUCUGUACAUCGGCAAAGACGGCAGGGAAGCCGGUCUCGACCGGGCUUUAGGUUCCCAUUGCCAUCAAUCAAGCAUUUCCGCCAGGGAGGCGACUACGAAGCAGCAUCUGGUCAAUCCGUGUGAAAGAACAGCCGUCUGGGAAGGACAAUGUGAUUCAGCACCAAGGACGGCUCCCCGGGACGGGGGCGGCGUGCGCAGCCAGCGGCCGUCGGAGAAGGACAUCCGCCUGUGCUGCGACCAGGAGCUGGAGACUUCUUUCGCGUACGUGGACGAAAAUGUCAACCUGCAGCGGGCCAGUCCGCAACCCUCCGGGAAGAGACGGCACGGCGACGGCCUUCCGGAGCCCUUUCAGGAUCUGUCGCUGAUAUCCGACGACGAUCUCUCCGAGAGUCCGGGCAAAGUGGACUACGGGCUCAUCAGCGCCGUGACUUUCCUGGUGACCGGCAUGUCGCUCGUCGCCAUCUCCUACGCCGUCCCCCGCGAAGUGAAGGCGAACCCGGACAGUGUGUCCGCCCGGGAGAUGGAGCGGCUGGAGAGGGAGAGCGCCCGGGUCGGGGCGCACCUGGACCGGUGCGUGAUCGCGGGGCUCUGCCUCCUCACGCUGGGGGGCGCCGUCCUUUCCACGCUGCUCAUCAUCUCCAUGUGGAAAGGCGAGAUGUACAGCAGAAAGGUCCUGGCUUAUUCCAAGCAGUCGGCGAAACUGUACGGCUCAAUCAAUCUUAGGAUGAAAUCUAGCCCCGAUCAGACCUCCUCACCCCUUCCUGUGGAUGAAGACAACACUGAAUGUAUCGAUUGAAAUGCGAGCUGGGGCGCACAAUUUAUUUCUUCACUCACUAAACAGUAAUGAGUAAAAAUGCUUGAUAACUGCAUUAAUGAUGCCCGGCGUGCAAUUAACCUAAUUUAAGUUAUUUGUAUCUCAUAUAAAAGCUCGUUAAA